GCAGGCAUUCAAAACGCUCAGAAAGACCAAGCACUCAUAGGGGUAGGACGAUAAGAUAAACUCUGAAAACAGUUUGGACUAGAAUAUGGCUGAGGUGAUUUACGCCACGCCCAACAUGAUGACCAAGGCCAGGAACACACAAGGAGAGCGAGAGGAGAGGAUAGUGGAGAUCUACGCUACCACUGAGAGCCUCGGAGAACAACACCAGGACUACGUGGGGACAGAGGAGACCUCCAAUACUCUGGGAACAGUAAGAAGUCAGCAGCCGGACCCUGUGAGCCCUCCUCAGUGGCCGAUCAGGGCUGUGGUGGUGCUUCUGGGCCUGCUGUCUGUUGUCCUGCUGGCUGGAAUCCUUGGGUUGGUAGUGCAGCACAAGAUAGUCAUGGACAUGGGCAGAGACGUGGAGCAACUUGUCCAAAGGCUGAAGAAUGUGACAGAGCAGAGAGACUCACUACUUCGUAAACAGGACUGUCAAAGUGGUUGGGAUGACUUUGGUCAUAAAUGUUACCUGCUUUCCAAAGUGCUUGGAUCCUGGAAUAAGAGCAGGAAGAACUGUGUUUCCCAUGGAGCAGAUCUGGUGGUCGUGGACAGUAAAGAGGAGAUGGACUUCAUUAGCAGCAGGUACAAUGGGAACAACUGGCUCGGAGCGACAGAUGAGGCCAGUGAAAGGUUGUGGAGAUGGGUCGAUGGGACCGUCCUGUCAGUGGAUAACCCCUCCUGGAGCACAGGGAAACCUGAUGGAGGCAAGGAGAAGAACUGCUUAAGGAGGAUCGGGGAGGAGACCAACUUUAAAUGGACGGAUGAGAGCUGUGAAGCCACAAACUUGGGGAUUUGCGAACUUAAUUUAAUGAAAUGAUUGAGAUGAUAUAUAUCUUAAUGCCAACAGACGUUGUUUGUUUUGUUUCAUACUUGUCGAGUUCUGCCAUUCGCUAAGAGCUGUGAUUGGCUGCAAGGUGUUAUCUCCUUAAAAGGAGAUGACAUGGAGACUUCCCUGGUCACUGAAGGAGCUGUACAUAGAUGCUUUUCUUGUUGCAUUAUUUUUUUUCAAUGUUCCCACAGUUGUUGGGUUGGAGUCUGAGGUUAGGCAGUAAAGAGUCAUGACAGACAUUGGCUGGUUUUCAGUUGCUGCAAACCACACUAGUUCUCUAUUUAGGGCUGCCUUUGCCCCCUCAGCUUAUUAUUUUUCUGUUGUAAUGUAUCUUGACUUUGUCACAAUGUAGUGUGAUCACAACAAACCACUUGUGUAUAAAUUAACUGUUUGUUCUACGGUGUUCAGAGGAACAGUAGACUUC